GCAUGCGUCUAACAUUAUCUCCGCACCUUUUCCGCGAACAUCUAAAGAUCUGUACUUCCCGGUUUUAAUCCGUGCAUGUUUCUAACCGACCUUUCUCCGUCAAAUGAGGGGUUCCCGGGUGUUUGUAGCUGUUACAGUCACUGUUUGUACACUCGUCCCUCCUGUGCGUUGUCAAAAUGCUGUCAGCUCGGAUGAGACUGGGAAUAAGUUGAACAGCUCUGCAUUUGACUUCGACUCGUUCAGAGAGCAGUUUCAUCGCGAGUAUGAAGUUAACAGCGAGGAAUUCAACCUUCGUCACCUCUAUUUUCAGGAUGCUACAAAGCGACAUGCACACCUGAACUCAUUUUCCACAGCACCACAGUCUGCCAAGUAUGGCAUCAACCAGUUCUCUGACCUCUCACAGAAGGAAUUCAGAGAUCUGUACCUGCAAGCAAGUGCUGACAGAGCUCCCCCCUUCUCUGGACUGAAGACAGAGGGGCUCCCAGCCAAAUUUGACUGGCGGGACAAAGCGGUGGUGGCUCCAGUCCAGAACCAACAAGCGUGUGGGAGCUGCUGGGCAUUUAGUGUGGUUGGUGCCAUGCAGUCCGUCCAUGCUAUAUCAGGCUCGCAGCUGGAGCAGCUCAGCGUGCAGCAGGUUGUGGACUGCUCCUUUAAAAAUGAAGGCUGCAAUGGAGGCUCACCACUCUGGGCUCUGAACUGGUUAAAGCAGACCAGAGUGAAACUGGUGCCUCAGUCCGACUAUCCCUACAAGGCCACGACAGGAAUCUGCCAUUUUUUCUCCCAGUCACAUGACGGCGUUGCUGUGAAGAACUUUACUGCUCAUAACUUUGGUGGUCAAGAGGAGGCAAUGAUGGGUCAGCUGGUGGAGCGUGGUCCUUUGGCUGCUGUUGUGGACGCUGUCAGCUGGCAGGAUUACCUGGGAGGCAUCAUCCAACACCACUGUUCCAGCCAACGGUCUAACCAUGCCGUUCUAAUUGUUGGAUACGACACUACUGGGGAUAUUCCAUACUGGAUUGUGCAGAACUCCUGGGGAACCACAUGGGGGAAUGAGGGUUAUGUUUAUAUAAAAAUUGGUGGCAACCUUUGUGGUAUUGCAGAUUCUGUGGCAGCAGUUUUUCUUUAAAAGCAUCGUGUACAUUUUUUUCUGUGUCAUUGUAUGUGUUUGGGAGAGCAACUGUGUGUGUGUUUGUGUGUGUUUGUUCACUGGUGCCAGAAUUGAAAUUAGUCAUCUGUUUGCCUACAAAUGUCACUUUAAAUAAUGUUUUUUAUUGAAAUGUCACCAUCUUGCAUCACCAAAACAAAAUAAAUCACUUCAUAUGUUGUUAAA